AUGCUACAGGAAAGUGGUGGUAAACGAGAAUUUCGAUGGGAAUCGGGUUAUGAAAAAACAUGGAGUGCAAUUCGUGAAGAUGAAUCAGGACGUUUGGUGACAACACUAGAACAAUUGAUACACGAUGCACAUACACAAAUCAGAAAGAAACGUCGACGUAUUGGUGUUGGAUCAACGGGAUUUGUUCGAUUAGGAAUGAUGAGACAUUUAUUUCUCAUUAUCGAUCUAUCUCAGGCAAUGAAUGAACAAGAUUUGAAGCCGAAUCGUUUAAUAUGCACUGUAAAUGCAGCUUGUACAUUUGUUCGUGAAUAUUUCGAUCAAAAUCCUAUCAGUCAGCUAGGCAUAAUUGUUACUUUCGAUCGACGAGCUGAACGUUUAACAGAAUUAUCAGGUAAUCCUCGACCACAUCUUGCCGCUUUACAAUCACUUUAUACACGUACUUGUAUUGGUGAACCGAGUUUACAAAAUGCUUUAUUAUUAGCGGAAUCUCGAUUAAAAUAUACCAUACAUCAUAAUGAAAUUAUUGUCAUAAUGGCUAGUCUGACUACAUGUGAUCCAAGUGAUAUACAUCAAACUAUUAAAAGUUUAUCAUCCAAUGGAAUACAUUGUUCAGUUAUAUCGCUGGCUGUAGAAGUAUUUGUUUAUCGUGCACUAGCUCAACUUACACAAGGAUCAUUUCAUGUGAUUAUGGAUGAAUUACACUUGAAAAAUGUCCUAAAAGAUCUAGUGCCACCUCCAGUGGCUGCUAAUGAAACUGAAGCGAAUCUCAUUCGAAUGGGUUUUCCACAUUCUGAAACAUUUGAUCUUGAUCGUUUCGCAGUGAAACGUUGUAUGUGUCAUUUAUCAAGUAAAUCUACAAAUGAAAAAACCGAUACUACUGCAACGAUGACAACGACAACGACGAACAGUACUACGACAACGACGACGACAACAACCAAUCCACAUUAUGCUUGUCCACGAUGUCAUGCUGCUUAUUGUGAAUUACCUGUGGAGUGUAAUGUAUGCGGAUUAACACUGGUAGCUGCACCGCAUCUUGCACGUGCUUAUCAUCAUUUAUUCCCAUUGGAUUCAUUUGAACCAGUUCCAAAUGAUGAUUCCAAUGGGAAAUCAUUAGAUAAUCAAGAAAAUUUAGAAGAAACAGUUGAUUCAACACAUCAUGAUAAUAAUAAGAUUGAUAAUAAUGAUCAAUUACGUGUUUGUACUGGUUGCAAUGUUAUUAUCCCAUUGAAAGUUCCGGGCUAUCAAUGUCCUAAGUGUAAAUUUCUCUUUUGUCAUUCAUGUGAUGCUGUCCUACAUGAUUCAAUUCAUUCAUGUCCCGGGUGUUUAACUUUAUUGUAA